GAUUUUUAAAAAUAAAUGGGGUCUGUGGGAAUUAGAGCUGGCAGCCCCGCUCUGAGAGCAUGUUGUGGAAUGUGGGCAUGUGGGCGCCGCGCUGAGUCAGUGAGGCAGCGGGCGGCGAGCGGACGACAUGAGCGCGGCGGACGGCGCGGGAGGCGAGGGCGACGCGGGCGACGGGGGCCCGGUGACGGUGCGCGAGGCGACGCGCCACGACAUGCAGCACGUGUUCGACAUGAUACAGACCUGAUCGAGGACGGGUUCGAGUCGCAGCCGGCGUGGUUCUUCGUGCUGGUGGCGGAGUGCGGCGGCCAGGUGGUGGGGCACGCGCUGUGCAACCGCGCCUACUCGUCGUGGACGCGGCGCGCCUUCUACGUGGAGGACCUGUUCGUGCGCGAGAGCGCGCGGCGCCGCGGCGUGGGGCGAUGCCUGCUGCGCGAGCUGUGCCGCCGCGCGCUGCGCGAGGGCGUGCACCGCGUGGACUGGCACGUGCUGCAGGACAACGCGCCCGCGCUCGCCUUCUACGCGGGGCUGGGCGCGCGCGACCUGCGCGUCUCCGAGGGCCGCGCCGCGCUGCGCCUCGACCGCCCGCACAUCGAGCGCCUGGCCACCUCCGACAUAGCUCCGCACUGACGCCUCAAUAUCGUAUUCGGAGAUUAAUUCAUUCAUUUUUAUCUAAAGGGAAUGGGCAGGAGAGGGCAAAAUAACUAAAUCUAGUUCAUCCGCUUGAUCAAUAUAUUGUAAAUAAGUAAGAUAGUUACUAGAAGAUUUAAGCUAGUACUGUACUGUACCUACAGUAAGAAUGAGUUCUUAGUAUAGAGAUUGUAAAAUUUUGUAAACGGAAUCAAAAGUAAGAAGGAAGGAAGAACAUAACAGAGACCAUUUCAGUGACGAUAGAUUGCUGGUGCUGCAUUCAUAAGCUAUUGCAUUUUGUUUUAGUAUUUCUGAAACAAUUUGUAUUAAUGUAUAAUACCAUACUACCUAUUAUGAAUUAUCAUUGUAACAUAUUGUAUAAAAAAUAUAUUUUAUUACACGUUGUAUUUUGAAA